AUGCUCAACGAUCGAUUGGUUCCCGGCGGCACACCGCAAUUUAGGUCUCCCGCCUACUUUUCCUUCCGGUUCAUGCCGGAGGGCGGGGGUCGUAAUCAAGAGAAGGAGCUUAUGGCAGGACAGGAGGAAGACAUUUACGCUUUGGGCAUCUCUUUAUAUCUAUGGUAUUAUGGUACCUUGCCGCACCCGGACCCAGCCAAUCUGGACCUCGUUAGUACUUGGGAUAUUGUUGAUGUCCUACGUAAAGAAUUAGGCCUCGAUGAACCACUUGACGGCCCCCAACCUGUCGAAGCUACGGAUGGCCCCGUCAAUAAACAACUGACGACAAGCGACAGCUUACUUCUUGUGGCCAUACGAGCCAAAAUCGUGGACAUUCAAGAAGAAUGUCACAUGGUCGACUCUGCAGGAUGUGAGAACGUGUUCGAUCAACUGAUAAAAAUUAUGGUGCUUUUGCUGACAAAGAAAUAUCCGCUUAAUAUCUCAAUCCCCAUCAUCCGUCAAGCAAUUGCCAAGUUUAACAAGCCAGGGCAGGAUCACCCCCUAAUGUGA